GCUUCAGAAUGAAUGCCUCCUCGUGGCCUAUGUUCCUCCUGAGAACCCUGACUGGAGCAGAGAUGGCACCAGCCACAGCUUUUAAAAAGGAACCCUCCAAGCCCUCCCAGAACCUCUUUAAACCUGGGAUGAAGCUAGAAGCAGUGGACAAGAAGAACCCCUACCUGAUCUGCCCGGCAACCAUCGGAGAGGUCAAAGGUGAUGAGAUCUUUGUGAUGUUUGAUGGCUGGAGAGGGGCCUUCGACUACUGGUGCCAAUUUGACUCCAGAGACAUAUUCCCUGUAGGAUGGUGUUCUCUGACCAGGCACAGCAUCCAGCCUCCUGGCAACUUCUUCACCCUCCCCAAGGCCCUCUUCCUCCCAGCCUCCUCCUCUCCCCCCGCCCCCUCCAGACGCUCCAUGCAGUCCCCCUCCUCCUAUCGCCUGCCCCAUCCGCUGCCCCCUCUGCCCGUGCGGAAGGGGGUCCGGGGCCGGCGCCCCAAACUGCAGACCAUCGCCCUGCUCAAGGCAGCGGCGGAGGCAGCAGCGGAGGCUGCUCUGAAUGGUACGCCACAGGUCUCCGGCUCCCAGCUAGCACCCAGACCCCAUAAGAAGAGGGGGCCCAAGCCUGGGAGCAAGAGGAAGCCACGUGUGUUGCCCUCCUCGGGGACAGGCUCUGUAUAUACUACAGCCUCUGAGACCAGACUGAUCAACGUUCAUGGACUGAAGGACAACAGCCCUGGAGUUGUCUCCACAGUGUGUGUGUACGUGAACAAGCACGGAGCCUGCGGUCCACACCUGGACAGGAAGCAGUUGCAGCAGUUGCCGGACCACUUUGGACCGGGUCCGGUCAACACUGUCCUACAGCAGGCUGUUCAGGCAUGUGUGGACUGUGCCUACCAACCAACCUUCCUCUUCAGCUUCCUACAGUCCCAGUCCGACGGAGGAGAGAUCAUCAGAGUGCGGUCUGAUGGGGGGAUCCACUAUGUCAAGCUGUCCCAGGCCUUCAGUGCCUCUUGCGGUCUGAUGGGGGGAUCCACUAUGUCAAGCUGUCCCAGGCCUUCAGUGCCUCUGUUCAUGGAGACUCUGUGUCACCAGCUGCAGAGUGACAACCUGUUCUCCUCCCAACCCUUCAGCCCUGCAUUCAUGGCCUCUACUGGACACACAGCCUACGACAGGAGCACGUCAGUAAAAGAAGAGAUGUCAGAGGCCUUGUCCAUAGCCAGAGGCUCCGUAGGGAGGAGCAGGCGUUUCCAGAUGGACAGAGACAGGGACUGUAACCUUUACCCUUCUCCCCUGUCCUCCUCCAAACGGCUGCACAGCACAGAGGCACACCCCUCGGAAGAGCCCCUUCCUCGCAGUGAGAACGGUUUGACUGAGGACCCUAUGGACACCUCCACCUCUCCCUCCAUGACCCCUCGCCCCCUGACACAACGCACCACCUCAGAGUACCGUGGCCAGGGGUCCAGCAGCCCAUACUACCCUGGGUCUGGCUCUGGUCACCCCCCACCACCACCCCUCAGGCGCCUGGCCCCCAACCCUUCCGACCUGGGGUCCAGAGGGCUACAGAGAAGAGUGGAAGCUGCGAGCUCCACCACAGGUCCUGAGCACCUGGCAGCUGCAGACCGGGAGACUGCAGUGGGGAACGGGGCUGGGAACACCCCUUCCUCCUGGUCUGUGGAUGAGGUGAUGCAGUUUGUCCACGACGCCGACCCCCAAACACUCGGACCCCACGUGGAGCUCUUCAGAAAACACGAGAUCGACGGAAAGGCGCUGAUGCUUCUACGUAGUGACAUCAUCAUGAAGUACAUGGGUCUGAAGCUAGGCCCCGCCCUCAAGCUAUGUCAUCACAUCGAGAGGCUCAAACAGACCAAACAGUAACACACACACACACACACACACACACACACACACACACACACACACACACACACACACACACACACACACACACACACACACACACACACACACACACACACACACACACACACACACACACACACACACACACACACACACACACUAGAAUGGGAAGAUCAAACCCUAAGCACAAUGAGUCCUUAAUCAUUCCUUUGCAGAGACCUUCAUACCUCAUCCUGUGAUGAAGAGCAUUCAGAGAAACAGUGUGAACGUCAGUACAGAGAAACACUAUGAACCAACUUCAGUCUACUAUUCUUCUGAAUAGACUCAGCUGAAUCCCAAAGGAUGAUGUUGAGUGUUUACCUACCUAUGCAUUGCCCAUGUACACCUUCUCUCAACCCUUACCUACUUAGCCUGGUCCCAGAAUGGUCUGUAAAAAACAAACAGAUCUGAGACCAGGCUACUGUCGGCCGUGGAGACCUGGAGAUGCAAGGAGACAUCUCCACACACCCCCCAAUGGCAUGUACUACUUGUUGCACUAGCCUCUCAUUGCAAUAAGAUAUCAACCAUUCAGCUUCUAUAUGGAUACUGUGAUUUGAUUCUUCAAUAGUUUCAAUAUCAAAGGAUGUUGAUAAGGAGAAUGUACCAUGCUGUUAAGAUUCAUUGUUUGUUUUGGACACUGCAUUUGACCGUACUCCUUAGUGCAUUCAGGGUGUGACAUCACACAACCUGGACUCGUUGGAACACUGAUCAUUCUCCGGAUCGCCCAGUGGAACUUCUAACCAGGAUCUAUGAUUGUGAUUGGACAUUCACAUAUUCCUCUGCUGCGUGUAGAUUCUAGAAUACGUUGGACAAUGAAGACAGGAAGUUCCUGUUCAAGUCAACGUCUCAUUGUAAAAGAAGAUGGUGGACUUAUGUUUGAAGAACCAGACAAAAAACCUGUGUUUUACAUAAAAAGCCAAAAAAUAUGUUUGUUUUUUAUAUCUUGGAUUUUGUACUGUCUUUAAAAGGUAUUAUUAAUCUCUGCAUACAUACAGGAAGGUUGUGUUGAAUCCUGUCUGUAUUUGAACCCAAACAAUCUGGUAUUUGUAAUGGUGGUGUUGGCUACACCACCAGACCUGAUGGUAGCCAAGCUGAACAUUGAUUGCAACACAUGUAUGGCCUUCAUCUCAUUUCAAAUCAUAGCCGUUAAAAGUAGAUAGUUGACUGUCGGUUGUGGGAAGGUUUUCAAGCACCAAAUGGACAGUUGAUGUGUAUCUAACGUUUCAUGUUCAGGAGAUCCUGCAUAUAUGGAUACAAGGCUGUGUGGCAGUCAGGCAAACAGGAUAUGGAGUGUUAGGGGGAUUCAACGCACAAGGAAAAGAGAUGUGGAUGGGAUUCAUUUGUGUCACAACAACCUAUAAUGUGAUAAAAUAGGACUUAUUUUACUAUUUAUCUUGUCGCUGUGGCAGAAGAAGUGAUCCAUUUCUGAACAUUUUUCCGAAGGUUUUCAGUUGAAAUGAACGGUAACACUUACAACGGCCGUGCUUUAUUGUGAUACUCAGGUUUUACUAGGCUUUUGGGUUUUAGGACAGACUUCUUCAUAGUAGCAUUUGCUUGUAAGUUCAUUUUCUGUUUGACAAUAUUUUAGAUCAACUUUGUAUAUAUUUUUUAAGAUUCUACAUUUUCGUGUGUUGUUCCAUAGAAACAACACCCAGUGUACAUACAUACGAUAAAAACUACUUUUCAAGUACCGGUACUGGAAAAGACUUGUUUGUUAAAUAAUAUUUGCAUAUGUACUUUCACGCAAUUAAACUUUCUUUUUUUUCACCA